AACCGAUCCAAUACAGACUGUACAAACACCCGCUGUGCCACUUUCACGGCAUAUUUGCAAUUGUCGGCUUUAUUGAACGUUGAACGUGUUAUGUGUUAAGAUUUUUGUGUUGGUCUCUUUUUUUGUCUUGAAGUGUAUUGGUGUUCGUUUGUUUUUGUAUGUGAUUUUUGGAGUGAAGUUAGUAAUCUAUGUUUGUUUUAACGUGCAAAUCUGUACCAAUGGUACUAAUAUAAUAAAGAGAACAUUUUUUUUGUUUGUAAAGGCUACUUACUACGCAAAAACUAUAGAACCGAUUUGAAAAAUCCUUCACACUUCACGGACGCGAGUGAAACUGGAGAAAAACGGCUAAUAUAGAUAGCCUGUAUCCUAGAUGUGGUGACGAAUGAAACGUGCACGCAAUGUCCUGCGAGCUGCGCAAUGAUAGUUUCAUACGUGGAGUGCGCCAAACAGCUGCUCAUUACAUUGUUUCAGAUGGCUAACCUUUUGUUACUGCUUGCUUCUAUUGUUGAAAGUGCAGUCCUAGUACAGCUCUACGUGUGGUACACCCUGGCGUUCGUGAUCAUGGGUCUGGUGGUGAACGUCGUGGACUUUCUGCUGAAGUACAAGACGCAAGGCAACUCCUGCAUCGUCGGGUUCGUCACUGAAGUCUGCUUCUUAUUUGUAAUAUUUCGUUGCUUACCUCUCGUGGAUACUUACAGAAAGCACAUCGGCGGUGAAUCUUCCAUAACAUCAUAGCGUGUAAAUAACACUAAUUUAUACUACUUUGAUAGAUAAGGUAAAAAAUUUAAUAAAAAAUCAC